UAAAAAUUUUCCAGCACUAUUCAACAGGGACAUUCUAUAGUAGUAAUGGUCACACCAAUCAUAUGAUUAUCCAUACGAACUAAAAAACAAAAUUAAUAACAGUUGCAAUGUUUCGCGUUAGUAAAUUGUGCGUGCCACACACCGUACCAGUCUCCCAAAUAAAACGUCGAAUGUCCCUGGCCAAGAGGUUAUUAAAUGUCAGUCAAACGCAUUCAUGGGAGAGUGCUACCAGAGAACGUAUGUCCGUAAAUCAACAAUCGCAAUUUAACGCAGCUGGUAAGAAAAAAAAGCAGCAAAACAGCGAGCAGGAGCAAGUUCAGAACACAACUAGUAAUCAUCGGUGGCAAAAGAAAAUCUUUAGCGGCAUUCAGCCAACGGGUUCAAUGCAUUUGGGCAACUAUUUGGGCGCUGUGCGCAAAUGGACUGAAUUGCAAAACAAACGAGAAAAUAUCACCAUUAGCAUUGUAGACAUGCACUCCAUAACCAUGCCGCAUAAUCCUCCAGCGCUACGUGAGAAUAUUUUCUUGAUGGCUGCAACGUUGCUCGCCUGUGGCAUCGAUCCUUCCCAUACGACAUUGUUCGUUCAGUCAUCUGUGUUGGAGCACAGCGAAUUAAAUUGGAUACUUAAUUCAUUGACCACAAUGCCAAGACUAGCUCAACUGCCGCAAUUUAAAGAGAAAUCGCGAACUGUACGUGAUGUGCCGCUGGGCUUGUUUGUUUAUCCGGUGCUCCAGGCUGCCGACAUUAUGCUAUAUAAAGCCACUCAUGUGCCCGUUGGAGCGGAUCAGGUGCAACAUAUUCAACUGGCUCAGCACCUGGCACGCGGUUUUAAUACACGCUAUGGCGACAUGUUUCCGAUAUGUAAUCCUUUAAUUGAAGAAAAUGAGGGCUCACGGAUUCUUUCCUUGCGCGAGCCGUCCAAGAAGAUGUCCAAGUCGGAUUUAAGUCCCAAAGGUACAAUCAAUCUAAACGACUCACCCGAUCAAAUUACCGAGAAGAUUAAGAAGGCUGUCACAGACUUUACCUCGGACAUCUCAUACAAUCCGAAUGCGCGUCCAGGUGUUAGUAAUCUAGUGAAUAUUCACGCUCUAGUUACGGGUCAGAGCAUUGAAUCGGUGGUGGAGGAGGCCAAGCAGCUGGACACGGCGCAAUACAAGGAGCGCGUAUCGGAGGCAGUUAUUGAACACUUACGUCCCAUUCGAGAAUUGAUAAAUAAGCAUUUGAGUAAUCGCAAUGAACUCAUAUAUAUACUGGAAAUGGGUUCUGAAAAGGCCCGCAAAGUGGCGCAAGCAACAAUGACGGAAGUGAAGCAGCGUCUGGGCUUAGGCACUGUGGGCGUAACUCCGCCAGGUGUAGUACUGGCGCCACAACUGCAGGAUCACUUAAAACUAACGGCAAGUCAGCGUUUAGCUAAGGGUGUAUUUCAGUCGGAUGCUCAUCAACAUAGUAUUCAGCACUCUGAGCAGGGCUACGGUAGCCUCGCUGGGCCAGGUGGAGAUGCUGGAGAAGCGGCCACUGGAGAGGCGGCUGAAAAUGUAAGUAAACAAGGACCUCGUAAAUCGCGUCACACAAUUGUGCCAAUUCAGACGAUGCGUGUGGAAAAGUCGUUUAAUCGUUCACCGUCGCGACACGCCUUCAAGCUGGACAAUUACAAUGUGCCCAAAAUUGGCUUUCGUGAUGCAACUGCAAGCCUGAACUCAAGUGUAGCAUAUCGAACCGAUCAACGUAGUCGUCAAGGCGCUUUUGGCUUUAUUGCACCUAAACAUUUGGGCGUACGUAAUAAUAUAUCUCUGAAGUAUGGUAACUCCAAUCCCAGUGCUUUGGCCUCUGUGACAAGUCAAGUGAAUGCAAUAUACAAGCAGCAGGAAUCUGUCAGCAGUCUGGCCAACAGUACAUUCUAUAAAGCAGCCUCCUCCUCUUUCAACAGCAUAAAUCCCAGUGUCGUCAAUAUGGCAGCUAAAACACUAAAUAGCCGUAACAACAAUUCACCUACAGCCGCUGCAAGCCCUUCGCUCCCAAUAGGCAACAGCAGCAACAGCUCUGCCAAUAUCCCGGACAUUACGAACAAUAUAUCUAAAACCACCACCAGCACCACGGAUGAAAAUGCUGAAGCAACCGCCCAAAGCUCAAGCGCUUCUGCUGAGGAAGAUGGGGAUUCAAAUGCCGAAGAUCAUGAAGAUGAGGAUGAUGAUACAGCAAAUGCAGAGACUUUGGUGGAAAAAGUUAAUUAAAAUAGAUUAAUUGCAAUUGUUUUUAGUAUAGUCUGAUUGCCCUUAAAUCGCUGGUAAUACAUUGGAAUGUACUUAUUCUAAAUGAUUUACACAUUGAAAUUCGAAUUAGUGCGCCUCGAAAGGCGUAGCAUUACUGUUAUAUGUUAUAAUGAAUGUUAUUAAACAGUGCUAUCGGUUGUGUCGAUAGUUAAGGUAA